AUGGGUUUUCUCUAUUUUUUCAUCCUUUUUCUUGCAUUUCUCCAUUCACUUUCGAGCUCUUAUGAAACCACAAUCUUGAAGCAGACUGAGUUCUUCAUUCAUAUGAAGAGUUCUUUUUCUGGCAACUCUUUUAGUGACUGGGAUAUAACAAGCGGGAAAAACGCCUGCAACUACACAGGCGUAAGCUGUAACGAUGAAGGAUUCGUCGUUAAAAUCAAUCUUUCAGCAUGGAAUCUAUCCGGCGUCUUCCCGGAAAACGUAUGUUCUUACCUGCCGCAACUGAAAAGCUUGCAUCUUGGCCGUAACGAUAUCCAUGGUGAUUUCCCUUUCAGCCUCACCAACUGUUCAGUACUUGAAGAACUCAACAUGACACAUACGAAUAUCGCCGGAAAACUGCCCGACUUGUCUCGAAUGACCUCUCUGAGGUUACUUGAUCUUUCUUUCUGCUCGUUCACCGGAAAAUUUCCGAUGUCUUUCAUAAACCUCACCAAUCUUGAAGUGGUUAACUUCAAUGAGAAUGUAGGGUUUGAGUUGUGGAGCUUGCCGGAUGAUAUUUUCCGACUAAGAAAGCUUAGGUCAAUGAUCUUGAGUACUUGCAUGGUGAGUGGUUCCAUCCCGAAAUCCAUCGGGAACAUGACGUCACUUGUUGAUCUUGAAUUGAGUGGAAAUUUUCUAGUGGGUCCAGUUCCAAGAGAAAUUGGUUUGCUUCGAAAUUUGCAACAGCUUGAGCUUUACUACAACCAACUAGAUGGUGAAAUACCUCAAGAGAUCGGAAACGUGACGGAGCUCACUGAUAUCGACAUGUCCGUCAACAAGUUAACCGGAAGUCUGCCGGAAUCCAUAUGUCGGUUGCCGAAGCUCAGAGUGUUGCAGUUUUACAACAACAGUCUCACCGGAGAAAUCCCACGCGUACUUGAGGAGUCAAAGACUUUGAGCAUGCUAUCCCUUUACAGCAAUUAUUUGACCGGUGAAGUUCCCCGGCAUCUAGGGAGAUCAUCACCUCUGAUGCUCUUCGACUUGUCAGAAAAUCAGUUGACCGGAGAAUUGCCGCCGGAGAUAUGCAACGGAGGUAAGUUGGUUUACUUGCUAGCACUUGACAACAUGUUUUCCGGUGUCUUGCCGGAAAGUUAUGGUAAAUGUGUUUCCAUUGUUCGUUUUCGACUUAGUUCUAACCGUUUGGAGGGAACCAUACCCGAAGGGAUUCUACGCCUCCCCUCGGUUUCCAUCAUCGAUCUGAGUUAUAAUUCUUUAAAUGGAUCGAUAGCUCAAGAAAUUGGGAAUUCUAGAAACUUGUCAGAGUUAUUCUUGCAGAAUAACAGGAUCUCUGGAGUUAUCCCUUCUGAAAUCUCUAAGCUUUUCAAUCUUGUAAAGAUUGAUCUUAGUAACAACCUUCUUUCUGGUCCAAUACCUCAAGAAAUCGGCCAUCUGAAAAGGCUAAAUCUCCUCUUGCUGCAAGGAAAUAGACUUGAUUCUUACAUCCCUGAUUCACUCUCUUCACUAUCAUCUCUAAAUGUUCUUGAUCUUUCUAGAAAUCACUUCACAGGUGGUAUCCCAGAAACCCUUUGUGAUUUGCUUCCAAGCUCCAUGAACUUUUCAUAUAAUCAUCUUUCUGGACCAAUACCAGAAUCUUUUAUCAAGGGAGGACAGCUAGAAAGUUUCUUAGGCAACCCAAAACUGUGUAUUUCUGAGUACCCUAAUUUAUCAGAUCAAAAUUUCGCCAUUUGUUCAGAGGUUUAUAAUCAGAAGAAAGUGGACUAUAUUUGGGUUAUUCUAGUUUCGGUUGGGUUUGUUGUCAUUGGGGGUAUUCUAUUUCUGAGACGCUGGCUUAGUAAAGAAAGAGAUGAUCUAAAAAACGAAGAAACGUGGUCGUCUUCAUAUUGUUCAUACAGUGUGAAAAGCUUUCAUCGGAUAAGCUUCGAUCAGAAUGAAAUCGUGGAAGCCAUGAUCGACAAGAACGUUGUUGGGCAUGGAGGGUCCGGAACUGUUUACAGGAUUGAUCUCAGCAAUGGAGAAGUUGUUGCUGUAAAGCGACUUUGGAGUCAGAAAACGAAAGAUGAUGGUUCAGAUGAUCAGCAGAUUAUGAACAAAGAGUUGAAAACAGAAGUGGAGACUCUAGGAAACAUAAGGCACAAGAAUAUAGUCAAGCUGUAUUGCUACUUUUCUAGUUUGGAUUGCAACUUGUUGGUUUAUGAAUAUAUGCCCAAUGGAAACUUGUGGGAUGCUCUUCAUAGAGGUAAAUGUCUUUUGGAUUGGCCGACUCGCCAUCAGAUUGCAGUUGGUGUGGCACAAGGUUUGGUCUAUCUCCACCAUGAUCUACUGCCGCCGAUCAUUCAUAGAGAUAUCAAGUCCACCAACAUCCUCCUCGACAGAAAUUUACAGCCGAAAGUUGCGGAUUUCGGCAUAGCGAAAGUUCUAAGGGCUAGAGGGAAAGACUCCACCACCACGGUUGUUGCAGGGUCCUAUGGCUACUUAGCACCAGAGUACGCAUAUUCGUCCAAAGCAACAACAAAGUGCGAUGUCUAUAGUUUCGGGGUGGUGUUGAUGGAACUAAUAACUGGGAAGAAGCCCGUGGAGGCGGAGUUUGGAGAAAACAAGAACAUCAUUUAUUGGAUUUCAACCAAAGUGGACACAAAGGAAGGAGCAAUUGAGGUUUUGGACAAGCGACUUUCGGGCUAUUUUAAUGAUGAGAUGAUUAAGGUUCUUCGCAUAGCCAUCCGCUGUACAUGCAAGACAGCUGCCCUUCGCCCUAAUAUGAAUGAGAUCGUUCAGUUGCUGAUUGAGGCCGACCCUUGCAAAUUCGAGUCGUGCAAGUCGCCAAACAAGACCAAAGAACCCGUAAAAGUAAAUGUAUAACUUCUAUUUGCAUAUUGAGAACAACUUAUUGUAGAUAUCAACUUACCCUCAAUCUUUGUACUAAAUAGAUUAUAAAUCAAAAGAACCCGAUAAAUUCCAUGGAAAGUAGGGUCGGGGAAGUAUGAAAUAGAUUCUAUUGCGUCUUUUCUCUCGUGGGGAAACUAUAUAAAUCCUAGAAGACCAAGUUGU